GACGAGCGCCCAAGGCUGGUGAAGCACUAUCAGUAUUUUAGCUGGCCAGACCAUGGGGUGCCCAAUGAACCAGGAGGGGUUCUCAGCUUUCUGGACCAAGUGAACCGGGCGCAGCGAAGCAUUCCAGACACGGGGCCCAUCGUCGUGCACUGCAGUGCUGGAAUAGGACGCACAGGCACCAUCAUAGUGAUAGAUAUCCUGGUGGACAUUAUUCACAGGCAAGGUCUGGACUGCGACAUCGACAUCCCCAAAACGAUCCAGAUGGUGCGCAGGCAGCGCUCGGGCAUGGUGCAGACAGAGGCGCAGUACAAGUUCGUUUACAUGGCGGUGCAGCAGUACAUCGAGACCGAGCAGAAGCGGCUGGAGGAGGAGCAGAGGAAUAAAAGGAAAGAGCGGGACUACUUGAACAUCGUGUGCUCUCCAAUGGAGAAAGGCCGAGCCAAAGGGCAGCCCCCUUCACCACGGGCCCAGUCUGCGGUUGAGGAUGAGUCAGCUUCCGUCUACGAGAACCUCAACAUCAAAAGCCCAAAGGUUUCAGGGAUGAGUAAUAGCGGGCGAUAAAGGAGCCGGAGGUGAGCC